AUGGAGGAGGAGGAGAUGUAUCCAGGCAUGGCAGACUCACACUCGCUCAUGCUGCUCAUGACACUCAAUAUAGCCGCUGAUGUCUCCUACGUAGGCUGGUGGGAUCUCAUCAUCAUGGGCACCUGCGAUGACCAGCACCGCAAGUCUUUGGAACUGGACCUGCUCAUUGACCCUGUCCGGAACUUCAACUGUGAGUUCAUCACGGAAACACUUCCUCUUGGAACAGUCCAUGGAGGUAAAAGUGACGAUGAAGAGAGUCUAUGCAAAAUGGGCCACGGUCCCGGGAAAGGUGCCGAGGACAGCAAGGAUCACAAGCGUCCCAAGAGACCCAGGACAAUCCUGACAACGCAGCAGCGGAGGGCAUUCAAAGCGUCAUUCGAGGUCUCCUCCAAGCCAUGCAGGAAGGUCAGAGAGACGCUGGCAGCCGAGACGGGGCUGAGUGUGCGAGUCGUGCAGGUUUGGUUCCAGAAUCAGAGAGCGAAGAUGAAGAAACUCGCGAGGAGGCAGCAGCAGCAGCAGCAAGAUCAGCAAAACACCCAGCGGCUCAGUUCAGCUCAGACAAACAAUGGUGGGAAUGCUGGCCUGGAGGGGAUCAUAAACCCAUACACCACACUGGCCCCGCCACAACAGCUGCUGGCGAUUGAGCAGGGCGUCUACAGCUCGGACCCCUUCCGGCAAGGGCUCACCCCGCCCCAGAUGCCAGGGGACCACAUGCACCCCUAUGGUGCUGAGCCCCUUUUCCAUGACCUGGAUAGUGACGAUACCUCACUUAGCAACCUGGGCGACUGUUUCCUAGCGACUUCAGAAGCUGGACCGCUGCAGUCAAGAAUGGGAAAUCCCAUCGACCAUCUGUACUCCAUGCAGAACUCCUAUUUCACUUCUUGAGCCUUGUCUGUGUCACCUGGCCAGGCACAGGUGCCUAUGACAUUACAGGCUAAACCCACUUCAGAUAUGGCGGGCGAGGAGUUUGUGUUUCUGGAAUGCUGUCAGACAAUAUUUUGUAGCUCAGUAUUUCCAAAGACUGAAUAAGUUAUGGAUCGCAUAGUGUAAUGUUUUUAUUAGAAUCCUAGUACUAGAUACUAAGUGUUUAUUAGAGCUGGGCUGCUAGGUGUUUUCAACUUGAAAUUUUAACAAUGGGGGAAAAAACAGGUUAAACAUUUCUAUGAAAUUUUAACAUUCUCAAUCUCCUGUUUACCCCCCUGUCCGGCUAUAGAAAGGGUUGAUUUAAAAAAAAAUUAUUCGUGUAUUUAUUUAUUUUUAUUUUGAAAUUUAGACUGAAUUUUGAUGGAGAAAGAAAAAAACAGGGAACACUUUGUGCAAAGUUUUCACAAUUCUGUUACCCACACCCUCCCCCUGCAAUUUAAUGGGAUUUAUUUCAGCAAAGUUCUCUGGCCUGCGAUAUGCAAGUCAGACAAGAUGAUUGCAUCGAGUGACCUUCUGGCCUUAGAGUCUCUGACCAUACGAUUUCAGUCCUCCUGUAGAAAUGGUCCAAAACUUUUCAAAUUUUGCAAUUUUGGCAAAAUUUGAUGAAAAAACAGGGAAAAUUUCAAAGAAAUGUUUACCAUUUUUUUCUUGUAUCUCUACCAGCUCUAGUGUUUAUUGACAAAAACAGGGACUUUUAAUAUAGACAUUCUCAUGCAAGUUUAGACAUCUAGAAACUCCUAAUCUGUCUCUCACUAACUGGGAAACUCCUGGCAAGAGGUAGGUAUGUUUGGGUGUGUGCCUAUGUGCCUGCACAUGGGGUGUGUGUGUAAAUGUAUGUACUCCACAGACACACUUGCAUAUAGUAUCAACAAAGUUUAUUCCUAAUUCUAUCAGAAAUGUACUGUACAGCAAAAGUAACUUUAUUUUCAGCGUGAACCAUAUUUAAGGAAAUGCUUGAUGCACUUAAGUUAUAAGACAAUAAUUUACUUUUAUAAAGGUUAUGUGUAGUUUUCAAAAGCCCAGCGGCAGGGAAGGAACACUCAAUUCCUUGCAGUCGAGAGGUCUUUGGUGCUUUCCAUCUGCUUGGUUGCUUUUAAAGGUUGGUUAUAAUCCAAAGAGUGUCCGUGUCAGUCAUUGGAGCCUGAUCCUGGGCCCACUGAAGCAAAAGGCAAAAUUCCCAUGGACUUUAAUGGGGCAGGAUCGAGCCCUGUAUCUGCUCUGCUCCCUCUGUGUCUCUGAGUCACAGCUGCUGGCGUCACUGACCAUCUCAGGAGUUUUCCAUUCCUAGCCCGGUAGGAGUCAAUAAAGCGAUGGAAGAGUGAGAUGGAAUAUGUUCUGCCCCAUGCAUCAUCAGCAAGUGGAUUAGUCCUAGACGACUGCAGAUCUGGUCACCAGCAGAAGAUCCCGAUUCUCCCAGUGAGGACCUGAUCCAAAGCCCAUCAAAGUCAAUGGAAAAACUCCCAUUGGUAUCACUGUGCUUUGAAUUGGGCCCUAGAAGGAGAACGGGAAGUAGUUUUUCAUGAUCUUGGGGAGAGUCUGCAGAUCCUUGUGUGAACAUUUACAGGGGGCUGUGUUUGACCUUGGGCCAACCCUGAUCAGCUAAGCUCAGAUGGCAGAACCUAAGGACUGGUCUACACUGGGAACUUACAGCUGCACAGCUACGCAUAGCUGCUGGAACUAGGGGUGCUGCCGCACUCCCUGGCUUGAAGUGGUUUCCAUCGUAGCCAGGAUUUACAGUUUGGAUCAAUGGCUCUCAGCUCCCCCCACUGUAAAAAUUGCUCCAGCCCCC